AUGGUCAGAUACUCAGAUCAAUGGUUUGUAGACAUUGGAAGCGGCCGUGAAGUUGAAUGCGUGAUUUGCCUUGACAAGGUCUGCGAAGGGGAAAAGCUUCGGUCCUUGCCGAUAUGCCCCCAUGGCUUUCAUGUUCAUUGCAUUGAUUCAUGGCUCCAAGUUCGUCCCACUUGCCCUCUAUGCAGGAUUAACGUAGCGCCCCAAACGAAUUUUAUCUUUUCUUCGUUGCUUUCUUUGGCUGAAAGACUCGGAAAAUGGGUAGAAACCCCACUUUAUUUGGAGCUUAAAUCGGCAGUUUGUGAGAGUUUUGGCUAUAUUUGA